CUUUAGAAGACAAUCCAAAAAAAACGUAUUGAGUUGUGAAAAAAUUGAUAGGAGAAUUUGAGUAUUUAAUUUGGUUUGGUUGUUCUAAUUCUAAACUCCGAUCCUAACAGGACCUAGUCUCUUAUUUUGCUGACCUCCAUCCACCAGACCACCACAACACUCACCACGCUACACAAGAUGACCACCGAAACCAACAAGGACCCAAAAUCUGUCUACGAUUUCACUCUCAAGGAUGGUAAGGGAAAUGAUGUAGAUCUUGCUACAUACAAGGGAAAAGUCCUUCUCAUUGUUAAUGUUGCUUCCAAAUGUGGCAUGACCAAUUCAAAUUAUGUGGAGUUGAAUCAACUGUAUGACAAGUACAGACACAAAGGUUUUGAGAUUCUGGCAUUUCCAAGUAAUCAAUUUGGUGAGGAAGAACCUGGAACCAAUGAUCAAAUAUUGGACUUCGUCUGCACUCGCUUCAAAUCAGAAUUCCCCAUCUUUGAUAAGAUUGAAGUAAAUGGAGAGAACUCUGCUCCCUUGUAUAAAUUCUUGAAGUCGGGUAAAUGGGGAAUUUUUGGGGAUGAUAUUCAGUGGAACUUUGCCAAGUUUCUAGUUGACAAGGAUGGCCAGGUGGUGGAUCGCUAUUAUCCCACAACCUCUCCUCUUAGCCUUGAGAGAGACAUCUCCAAACUACUUGGUGUUGAAUGAAUGCAUACAUGAAUUCAGCUUGGAAGAGAGGAUUUUUGUCUUCUUGAAUGUUAAAGCAUCACCUUGUUGACUUUAUAUAAUGUUUUCUUUUUGAAUUCGUAAUGUUUUGUAAAAUGGAUUGGUUUCUGACAAACUGAACAAGACUUGAAUA